AAUUUAUUUAAUUGCAAGGAAGAUACAGCAUCUAUAGUCCUCUCCCUUAUUGUGAACAUAGCGAUGUGCCCGGUUCGGUUCCAAUUUUCCUGCAAUAAUAUCCCUGAAGGUCUGAAUUUUACUCACGAGAUUUCAAAGAGUCUCAUCAGGUCUCUAUCCUAUGCCCGGCAAGAUGAUUCAUACGCCUAUUGUUUUCAAUAUACAGUGCUGCCUUUUUUGAAAGAACACAAACCGGCUUGUUGCGCAGCGUCCAAUCCGUUUUGCGGAAUUUGCAGAUCACCCAUCGCAACCGUUUUGCAGACUCUAAUUUUCUUUCUUCACAAAGAGGGUGAUCCCUACGUUGGGGUUCUUGUCAGCGGUGUGUGUGGGAAAGGCGAAUGCGAAAGCCAGACGCAACAAGCCAUCCAGGAGGAGAUGUUUGAAGUU